GCGAGCUCCUGAUCGAUGAGCUGACCAAAGGUCACAAACUGGCCUGCCAGCUUGUGGCUCUGUUGUCCGAACAAAAGACUUCUUCGAAUAAUGAGCGGAUUUGCAUCGUCCAAGAAAUUAUGGUGAGCUUUCACAGCGCACUCAAAGCUCUGCAGGACUCUGGCGUCAAAUCACAGAAGCACAAACGAAACGAAAAUCCUCUCCAAAUAGGCAGGAUCCAAUCAGCGCACGCUCCUGGAGGCCAGAAAACAAGAUCUCUCCCUUAUUCAUACACACUGACCAAAUCAAAAAGUCUUAAUGAUGGUCAUUCAUGGAGGAAGUACGGGCAGAAGAAAAUAUUCAAUGCUAAAUUCCCAAGGAGCUAUUUUAGAUGCCCACACAAAUAUGAUCAAGGAUGCAAGGCAACAAGACAGGUUCAACAGUCCGAGCAAGACCCUUCAAGGUUCACAGUCACCUAUUUUGGCCAGCACACAUGUAGAGAUCCUUUCGAGGUGGCAUCAUCUUGCAUUGAAGAAGAUCCUUGUACCAUCAACUUUGCUUCCCCUUCGGAGUUUGAUGCAAACUUCGAACAACCUCAGCUCUCAACUUUGAAGCAAGGGGACUCGUGUGAGGAUGUUGUUGGCAACACUGCGACCCCCGGAAGCUCAUUAUCUAAUUGUUUUAAGUUCCCGGAAUUUGGCUUGAGUGAGAUGCUCAGUCUUUUAGCGUGACGCGGUGCUGGAAAAGAUGUGAAAUGACAAAAAAAAAAUUUAUGCUUAGGUAGUUUGGAGUUUGAUGUACGCCAUGGUUUAUGUUCGACAUGUUAGGUCCAUUUUUUGCGAAACCGAACCGAGCGGAAUAGCCAAUAAAAUGCGCACAUUUCAAGU